GCCAGUGCAUCGGCUGCAAGUUUCCCCCAAUUCGAGAUACCAAAAUGGAGUCUGGCAUUCAAGGAUUCUACAAGGACAAAACGGUGCUUGUAACCGGUGCCACAGGAUUUCUGGGCAAAGUUAUAAUCGAAAAACUGUUGCGUGCCACCGAUGUGAAACGCAUCUACAUACUGGUUAGGUGCAAGCGUGGCAGGACCAUUGGGGAGCGCAUUCUGGCGUGGCAGAAGGAACCGUUGUUUGCAGGACUACUGCAGUCAAGGCCAAAAGCCUUUGAGCGCGUACUUGCCGUUGCUGGAGACUGCCUUCAUCCGAGCCUGGACAUGAGCGAGUCGGACCGUGGCACCCUGACAGCAGAGGUGCAGAUCGUCAUUCACGGAGCAGCCACAGUGCGGUUCAAUGAGCAGUUGCAUGUGGCACUGGCCAUCAACACUCGCGCCACGCGACUGCUGGUGCAGCUGGCCAAGCAAAUGGUCAAGCUGGAGGCUUUUGUUCACGUCUCCACGGCCUUCUCCAACUGCGUUAUCGAUCGCAUCGAGGAGAAGUUCUAUCCGGAGCACUUGAGCUGCAGCUCGGCGAAGGUGCUGGAAAUGAGUGAGCUGCUGAGUGCGGAGCUGAUGGACAACAUGACGCCUGCCCUGCUCGGAGCGUAUCCCAACACCUACACCUACACCAAGGCCCUGGCGGAGGACGUGAUUCUGCGGGAAGCGGGCGAUCUGCCCAUUUCGAUCUUUCGCCCGGCAGUCAUCGUUGCCAGCCACAAGGAGCCCGUCUGCGGCUGGAUCGACAACCUCUAUGGACCCAUUGCCAUAAUUUACGGUGUCGCGCGUGGAGUCCUACGCGUCGUCAACUUAGACAUGAACACUUGCUCCAGCUUAGUGCCGGUCGACUAUUGCGCCAACGUGGCGCUGGCCAGUCUUUGGCAGACGUCUAAGAAGAGGGGCGAGAAAAUGGCAGUGCCCGACAUCUACACUCUGGCACCCGCCGAGCAGAACCCACUCACUAAGAGGAACUUUGUGGAUUAUGCUCUCAGUUUCCGCAGUCAAUAUCCACUCACCCAGAUGAUCUGGUAUCCCCUUCUCCAUUGCAUCUCCUCCUCGUGGCUCUUUCAUUUGGCUGCUUUCUUCUUUCACACCCUGCCCGGACAUGCCUUCGAUCUGGCGCUGCGUCUAGCAGGACGGAAGCCCCGCCUGGUGGACGUGUAUCGCAAGAUUCACACAAAUAUGGACAUGCUGAAGCCGUUUAUGAACACAACCUGGCACUUUGACACCAAAAACACGGAUCGCCUGCGCGAACUCAUGUCCGCAGAGGAGCGUCGUGUGUUCUUUUUUGACAUGGCGGGUCUGGAGUGGAGGGAUUACUUCCAGCAUGCCCUGCUGGGCAUGCGUCUGUAUCUGGGCAAGGAUCCCCCCACCACAGAGUCCAUUGCACAGGGUCAGCGGCUAUUCAAACGAUUGAAGUUGUUGCACCACGCCCUACAAGCUGCACUCUGCUGUGUGGCAGGACUCGUUCUGUGGGCGCUGCUUAAGACUUUAGUCUUUGCCAUUUAAUGCUCGUAGAAUAUCCACCCCGCAUGAUGUGUUCGAAUAAAUAAAUAUUUCCCUACGAA